AUGACCUUCUGGACCUGUAGUUUUCGCCAGUUUGUCUUACAGGCUAGACACGUCAUAAUCUGCUGUGCACUCGUUAGAUGUAAGCACUUGAUCUCUUAUCCUGGUUUCUACCGGCCAUGGAGAAGUUCAAGAUUUAUUUCUUUUGCUCUGGCGUAUCCUGCCACUUAUCUCGAUGUCAGCACAAUUAGUUUUAGCCUUAGUGGCACAAAAAAUGCUGAUGUGUUUGAAUAUAUUAUGUCUAUGAACAAUAAAUCACUUCAAAGCAUCCUUAAAGACAAUAAGGAAGUUCACAAAUGUAGACAUCCAUUGGGAUGGACACCAUUAAUGCUCGCAGUCGUAAUUAGGAAUUAUGAUGCUGUUACUGAACUGCUAAAAGCAGGUGCAAAUCCCAAUGAGGUUGACCAUUUUUCGGGUGUUGUUAGGACUGCACGUGAUCUGGGAAUGAUGUCUUCCGAAGUUGAGUGGAUGCGUAUGACACAGUUCAGCGACUUUUUAAAUCCUUCGGCGGAUUUCCGUGGCUGUUCUGCACUUCACUAUGCUGUGUUAAUGAAUGACAUAAAACUUGUUCAUUUAUUAUUGGAAAAAGGUGCUGACCCGACUUUAGUAAAUGAACGUGGUCAUCGUCCUUUCAUGUAUGCGAAAGAUCCUUCAAUCAAACAGUUGUUAAGUCAAGCAGAAUCAAAGAAAGCGAAAGAAGUGGCUGCUAAAGAACGAGAGGAGAGGCGUCUUCAGCCACUAGAGAGUCGCUUGCAUAAAGUUAUUGUUGGUCAAGAAGCUGCUAUUCGCACUGUUAGUGCAGCUAUUCGACGCAAAGAAAACGGCUGGUAUGAUGAAGACCACCCACUUGUGUUCCUUUUUCUUGGCUCGUCUGGCAUAGGUAAAACAGAGUUGGCUAAACAAGUUGCUGCAUAUCUACACAAAGAUGUCAAAAAAGGAUUUAUACGUAUUGAUAUGUCUGAAUAUCAGGAAAAGCAUGAAGUUUCCAAAUUCAUUGGUUCUCCUCCUGGUUAUGUUGGUCAUGAAGAAGGCGGUCAACUGACACGAGCCCUAGCUGCCUGUCCUAAUGCAGUAGUUCUAUUUGAUGAAACAGAGAAAGCUCAUCCUGAUGUUUUAACAGCUCUUCUACAGUUAUUUGAUGAAGGGCGUCUAACUGAUGGCCGUGGUUCGACAAUUAACUGUAAAGAUGCUAUAUUCAUUAUGACGUCAAAUGUCGGAAGUCAAGUUAUAGCUGAACAUGCACAAGCUUUACGUCAUAGUUCUGGGAAUGAUGAAGCUGAUAUUGAAAUUUCUCGAGAUUUUAAAGAAAAAGUUAUGCGUCCAAUUUUAAGAAGACAUUUUCUUCGUGAUGAAUUCCUUGGUCGUAUUAAUGAGAUGGUUUAUUUUCUACCGUUUUCAACAUCUGAACUUACAGAAUUAGUCAAUCGUAGUUUAAAAAGCUGGAGUGAAAAGGCACUGAAAAGACACUCACUGACAAUAACAUGGAGUCGUGAAGUUGUUGAUCUAAUUGUAGAUGGAUAUGACGUUUAUUAUGGAGCACGUUCAAUCAAUUAUGAAAUUGAACGUAGGAUAAUUAGUCUUUUGGCUUUAGCUGAUGAACAAGGUCAUCUACAUCCUGGUUGUCAUGUCAAUAUCAGUGUUAGUCACAAAAGUGUUAAAGAUGAAGCUUGGUCAUUGAAAAAGUCAAAUAAUAAUGAGGAUAAUACUGAACCAACUCAAUCAUCUCCACCACGCAUAGUACUAAAUGUUACAGAUGCAAAAGGUAAACUAAAACAAGUACUUGAUUUAACACAAACUACUCUGUCUUGGGCAUAG